GUCGGUCCGUCUGAUCCGAACACGCAGCGCUCUCCAGCAGCCCUCACCAUUUCCACUUCAGCGCAGCCUCCAGAGGGGCUCCUUUCGCUGGACCAAGUUGAGCCACCCUCUUGAAUUCAUGUGACACCUACACAGUCCUUUUCUCUGCGCCACUUAUUCUUGGCCGCGCUUCGACUUGCCGCUCUGCUCCGGGAAAUGUGUCGGUAGACAUUCAUACUAGUUGAGCUCCAAAUAACAUGUACAUGAGCAGUCAUUAAGUACCUGCGGACCUGCUGCAGGAGGGGGGAAGUUUUGUUUUAUUUUAAUUUAAUUUUUUUCACGGCUGGGAACCUGAAAUCACUGAAGGAUCUUUACACAAGUGGACAAUGCUGAGACUAGAGACUAUCAUCUGCACUUUUUCUGUGCUGUCAGUCGCAGCAAGAGCAGAUUUUAAAGCACGGAACUGCAGCGAGGUGAGGGAGGCUUGCCAAGAGAGGGGCUUCGCCUUCGCACAUGUUCCUCACCAGGAGAUCCCGGGAGAAGAUCUGCGUGUUUGCACCUAUGAACACACCUGUUGUACCCAAGAAAUGGAAGACCGAUUUGGUCAGCAAAGCAAGUUGGACUUUGAAAAUCUGCUUGAUGAAACCAGCCACACGUUGAGAAGCACAUUUGUCUCCAGACAUAAAAGAUUUGAUGAAUUCUUCCUGGAGCUUCUGGAGAACACGGAGCGGUCCCUGAAUGAGAUGUUUGUGAGGACCUACGGCAAGCCUUACAUGCAGAAUGCAGAGGUCUUUGAGAACCUGUUUGCUGAGCUCAAGCGCUACUACACAGGAGGGAAUGUUAAUCUGGAGGAAAUGCUUAAUGACUUUUGGUCCCGGCUGCUGGAGCGCAUGUUCACGCUGCUGAACUCCCAGUAUGUCAUCACUGAGGACUAUCUGGAGUGUAUCAGUAAGUACACGGACGAGCUCAAGCCAUUUGGAGAUGUUCCCAGGAAGCUCAAGGCUCAGGUUACCCGUGCAUUCAUCGCUGCACGCACAUUCGUCCAGGGACUCUCUGUAGGUCGGGAAGUGGCCCAGAGAGUGUCAAAGGUAAACAGCACCCCAGCUUGUAUACGAGGGCUGACAAAAAUGCUGUUCUGUCCCUUUUGUCGUGGCAUGCCGGGAGUAAAGCCCUGCAAGAAUUACUGCCUUAACGUGAUGAAGGGCUGCCUGGCAAAUCAAGCUGAUCUGGAUCCAGAGUGGAACCAGUACAUCGAUGCCAUGCUGUUGGUGGCGCAGAGGCUAGAAGGGCCUUUCAACAUUCAAUCUGUCAUGGAUCCUAUUGAUGUCAAGAUUUCAGAGGCCAUCAUGAAUAUGCAAGAUAAUAGUGCCCAGGUUUCUUUCAGGGUUUUCCAAGGCUGUGGCCAGCCGAAACUUGCAGAAAUCUCGAGGUCUGCUCGUGAUACUUCGGAUGUGUUCAGCGCCCGCUUCAGGCCCUACAACCCAGAGGAGCCGCCCACCACUGCAGCUGGCACAAGCUUGGACAAGCUGAGGAUGGUUUGGAGGACGAUGCAAUUCAGUGUUGUCGACAUAAAAGAGAAACUGAAAUUGUCCAAGAAGUUCUGGUCGAGCCUGCCCGAGGCAAUGUGUGUAGAGGACAGAGUGACUGCCGGAAACGUCAGUGAUGAGGACUGCUGGAAUGGACACACCAAGGGCAGAUACUUUCCUGAAGUCCAAAAGGAUGGCCUUACCAACCAGAUGAAUAACCCUGAGGUGGGCGUCGACAUCACACGACCCGACACCUUCAUCCGUCAACAGAUCAUGGCUCUAAGGGUGAUGACCAACAAGCUGAGAAAUGCAUACAAUGGCAAUGACAUCUACUUUCAAGACACAAGUGAUGAAGGCAGCGGCUCAGGCAGCGGAAGCGGCUGCACAGAGGGCUGCACCACAGACAUGUACAGCGCUGCCACUGAAGCCCCAGUGGUGAGAGCCGACCGGAGCGGGCCUAUGGAGGACUCUGCCCCCCACCAUGCACCAUCCAUAGCACUGCCAACCGUGCUGGCUCUGCUAGCUCUAACUCUGCACCGACAAUGGAGAUAAUGAUGGAGCAACAAGCUAGAUAUGGACUGCAGGGUUUUUGUCCCCUUUUUUCUCCUCUCUGGCAGUUUUUGUAUUCAAGCACAUUGGAGCUACAGUCAAGCAAAGAGCAUUCAGCCUACCAGCGUUGAUGCUGCAGGAUUCUGCUCUGAGAAAGAGAGUAGUCAUCCACAUCAUGAUUUUCCACUUUUCCAAAAAUCAUGCAGUGCCAUCCCUAGACUUUAUAUUUCAUUAAAUCAUUUCAGUUUCUAAAACUGAUGUGGAUCCAACAAACUCUGCUUCAGAGAUUUAAAAAAAAUAAAUAAAUCUUUACAUUUCUUUCACAUAUGGCAAAUAUAAACAUAGAUUUCCAAUUGGAAAAAAAAUAUAGUAUGCACUUUGAGUUUUUUUUUAUUGAAUUUUUUUGUCUGAAGAAAAUGUAAAAAGAGAUGUGGUUAAAUUAUGCACCUUAAAAAGGUACAAUAAGCUUAAUAAAUGUUUGAUAAUAUAUUUUAAAGAGGUGAUGUACAUCUAAGUGCAAGAGGAUUCAGGAACCAUGUCCGCUUUGGUUAGAAUUUGAUUAAAUAUAACAUUAUGCCAUUUAUUGAUUUGUGAAGGAAAAACAAUUCUUUUCAAUUUCCUUUUUGUGAAUGCAAAUUGAGAUCUUUCAUACGGUUUCAAUCAUUUUGGGGCUGUAGAUGCAUAUAUUGUUUUAAACACAAUCUGCACAAACCUAUAAAUACUCACAAAAUCUGCUCAGCAGUGGCCUUGUGCUACAGCUGACUUGAAGGGUUAGGAUUAACAUUUUAUUUACUUUGCCUUGCACCAACUCCAUAAUCUGCAAAAUAUGCUCAUAUCUUGCCAGUUUCUUAACUUAGCUUAGAACCUAAAAUCAUUUCUAAGAGGUUUUUUUUUCUCUUUUAUCUGCAGAGAAUAUGCCACUAAUUUACUGUUAUGUAGCUCUAUGGCUAAACAGCUAUGGUAACAUUUUGUUUAAGAUGUGGUCGUUCAGUAUAGUUUAAAAUAUUUACUUCUAGUUUAAAGGGAUAAAUACUGUCAUAAUUUAAUUUCAUCAAUAAUGGAACAGGUAGGUAGCUACAGUGGCUAAUUAUUAAUCUUCUAUUACAACCAUAAGGGUCUUUUGUGGAUUUUUUAAGCUGGGUUAAAUUGAGAGGAAAUGGCCCAUCAGUAAUUUACCUUUAAUAGAUAACUCUCUUAGUGUCUUAACAUUGAUGAAAGAUAAGAAAUUCAAAAGCUGUUAAAUGACCUAAGAUAUGCAGGAGAUGAUUAUUCUCCUUGGUCUGUAGCUAUUUAUUAUGAAGACUUUUGCCGUCUGUGGUCCAUAACAAUGAUAUUUCUAUACUAAACAAACUUUGAAACAGAAUAGAUUUUAGUGUUUUUCCAUUCAAACCAUUGUUAUGCAAGUUCACUUUUCACAAGAAUUAGUUGUACUUUCAAUUCACACAGGUUAAAACAGAUUUGGUUCAUAUUCAAAAUUCACUGUUUUAAUAUUUUUGCGUACAGUCACACCACAUAAAGUUUCAAUUUACAAUUUUCAACAUUAAUUAGCACUUUGAUUAUUUUGCAGCUUAGCAUUUACCAGGUGAGUCUCUCUGCUCACAUAAAACAUUUUUUUUUGUUUGACCAAACUAUCAAUAAAGCUCCUCUUAUGCACAGAAUUCCCUGCUUGAAUUGUAAGAGAUCAACAUGAGCAGAAAAUUUUGAUUCUGCUUCAGUACUCGAACUAGAAAACCCUUCACUCAUGUGAAUUAUCCUCACUGUUAUACUGGUUUUCCUUAUAGCUGGUAGAUGUGACAAUCCAUUUAAGUGUUGCUUCAGUCUUAGGCUUGUUUUUUGUACAUAGCAAAACUUUAACAUAAAUUUGUUGACACAAUACUGAUAGAACUGGAGUAAAGAAACAACUCAACAUAAUCUACUUCUUUUAAAUAGUCUUGAUUUAGACCUUCAGCUUAUAAUAUUAGGUAUGUUUGUGUGUGCAUUUUCAAUAAUGUCUGAGCAUAAAGAUGGAUAAAUGUGUUAGAGACAAAAGCCUAAAGCAAACCAGUGAUCCCUGUGAUACGUUUCAGGAUAUCACAAGGGAGCAAUUCAUGCUUCUGAUCUGAGAAACAGCUUUGUUUAAGUCAGUUGUUUGAAAAAGCUAAUGCCACUUAUGUAAACACUAUUUUGAACAAAGUCAAGUGCGGAUAACACUGAAAGAAAAAUAUUAUCUGGUUUUACUUUAUCAUUGGAUAGUUACUCUGUCAAGAGAUACUUAAUAAAUGUUUCACAUAGGAAGGUCAUUUCAAUGGACUAUGGACCGAUCUUUACUGUAAAAAACAUUAUCUAUUUAACACAGCCAUUAAAUACAAAAUUAAACCCAUUAAACCCAUAUUGAACUUUUUCAAUAUUAGGUAAUGUUACCUAGUAACAUUACCUAAUAUUGUUGGGUAUUAGGUCAUCUAUUAGGGUACCUUGAUCAAAUCAUCAAGGUAAUAGAUGAUGGCACAUAUGUACUUUUGUCUUAGCACUUAUUAGGAGGUCAAAUGUAAUGUUUUUAACAAAACACUAAGAGAGUUAUCUACUUCAGGUUACUAAUCUCUAACCAGAUACAGAAAAAUCUUUCACACCUGUGGCUCUGAAGACAAUCAAGUUAGGAGAUUCCUAUUGGGCAUCUCAAAUUAAGUUUCCCACUAACAUUUUCCGUUUGAAUUAUAAUGAAAUUAUAUGCAAAUAAAAAUUAUUCGGUUGGUCUACAAGAGCAAACCUAUAUUCUUGUGUUGCUGUGAACUUUACAUGAAUUUAAAUCAACUGACUGUAUCAUGUUGUAGUGCUGCAUCCUCAGAAUAUAUUACACGUAUUUACCAACUAUCAUCAGAUGUUUCAUACCUACUGGAACUACAUUUAGAAAAACGCAAAAACAUGCAUCUUUGCAUAUUGAGUAACUGCUCUAAUAAUCCCAGGCAGUAUUUAAAAAUGUCAACUUCAAAUGACAGAAUUGAAAAGAAUAUAUAAGUACAUAUUACCAUACUUGUUGUAUGUCUGGGAGUUAUUAAGAGAGGCAGGGAGCAAACAUCACACAGUGGUGACAGGGAAUGCUAAGAAUGACUCCCUGAAUUUAUCUGGAAAGCUUGAAUGGUUAUGUCUGCAGCACAGACAGGCUUGAAGCCGACCACAGUCACCUGUGAAAUGAGAAUCUGUGGGGACUGGACAAGGCUGAAUGCUUCAGUGAAGCUCCUCAGUAGAGCGUACUUACAGAGAAUGUGAGAGACCUUGGCACCGCUGAGGGGCGCGGACAAAACCAGCCUGGAUGUGCGCUCCCUGUUCUCUGAGAGCCCGUCAGGUUCAUAACCAGCAGGCCAACUGAGCGUACACAUCCACAGAAUUAGCCUAUGUCAUGCCCUUCACAAUGUAUCAAGAAAAACGUUAGCUUUUCAAUAUUGUUUGAAGUACUCAUUUACAUCCACAGUGCAAGAACAACAAUACAGAAAAAAUACGCAAUGUGUUUUUUUAAAGUUAUUCUUUAUUCUGACUAUUGAUCUCACAGGAUGCCAUUUUUGUUUUUAAAUCAUUGAACUUUUAAUAUUUUUGCAAUAAAAGGUUAAAAACAACAGCUAACCCAGUGCUGAAUUACAUCAAUUCUUUACAAGUCACAUUUAUUUUUACUUUUACCUUGGAGGUAAAGAGUUUGUUGAGCGAAGAUGCCUUAAUGUAUUUCAACCAUAUCGUGAAGAUGAUUGCAUUUGUUUUAUUACUAUUGAGAAUAAAUUCUAAACAUUUUUAAAACAGA